AUGAAGUUCCUUUGCUGUAUGUGCAAUAGAAUGUCAGAAAAAUCCUGCAUGGUAGUGUUACCGAAGAGCGAAGAAAUGUUGGAUCAAUGGAUAAAACAGUACAGUCUGAAACUCAAGUAUUCAUCGAAAGGCGGCGAUCAGUUUGUUUGCAAAUUACAUCUCGAUGAGUACAAAAUGCCAGGACUUGUAUGUUCAGAACAAAUAAAUUUAUCAAAUUUUAUUCAAAAGUUUCAGAUUUCCUCCGAUCUAUACUUUGAAAAUCCAUCGACAUCUACGGAAUAUCUCCAGGAUGUCAAGCAGGAGGAUAUCGUCGAGGAAGAUGCCUACGGCCAAGGCUACAGUUUAGUUGAACCAAAAGAAGAAGCAGUGGAUUACGCGGAUGUUGCGUUCGAAUAUGAAGAUAAUAGUUACGCCAAUUACGAAGAUGAAAACAACUAUCAACAGCGAGACAGUUAUCAAAUUGAAUGUGCUCCAUCCACAUCAAAGCCGAACCAAAACAGUUAUCCUAGAUUUCGGAAUCUUUUCCCACCACCACUAAAGCCGUCUGUUGAUUUUGAGGAUCUUCCACUUUACUACCCAGAGUUGUCUGAUUGUGAAGUUAUGUCAUUUUGUGUCAAGACGAGCAGCAAUCUCAGUGGAGAAACGGCAUUCGAGUGUGGAAUGUGCCCGGAGCAAUACUUCAAUAGCACGGAUACUCGCCCAGUUCGAAUGCAUUUCCAGUUUAAACAUUCUGUGUUGAUUCGGAACUACCUCCAAACGGGAGAAGCUGAUUCGGCACCGAAAAAGUACGCUGCUAUUCCAGAAAAGACGAAAAUGCAAGCAGAUCGGGAGCUCUGCACGUUCUUAAUCAGAAAUGGUUUGCCUCUGAAAACAGUUCAGGAUAGAAAUCUCGAAAUGCUCUGUUUCAAUGCCAAUUCGUCAUAUAGUUUACCGUCUGUUGACAUACUUUGUAAAUAUAUGGAGGAAUUCGCUUCUUUAAAAACGGUGAGCAUUUUGCCCCUAACAUUACACAUUUUGCCCCUAACAUUAUUUUAUUUUCAGAAUUCAAAAAUUCAACCAGAUAAUGGCCCAGUGACUGUGACCUUCGACACUACAUCAUUCAACAAUCGAAACUUUCUGGCGUUCUCUGUUCACUAUCUUCAGAAGAGCCGGAGGAAAACGUCGAUUUUUCUUCGAGAGUUUGAAGUCACUCAUCCGGUUAUAUCCUCAAUAAUGUCUACAAUCAAAAGCACGAUCGAGGAAUCUAUAGUUUCGGGCAGGCGAUUACCAAUUACUACUAUUGUGACUGGAAAGGCCGAGUUCGAAGAACCGUUGGAAGCUACGAGUUCUUUCAAACAAGUAAUGGUUUGCUUCUCUGAGAACUUGAACAAAUUCGCCGAAUCACUCAUCAGACAUCCUGAUUUUGCGGCUCCACUUCAGAGACUACGUCACUUCAUCAAUCAAUUCCCAGUUAAUCGCCACAUCUGGAGUCGAUUCAAAUCGUUUAUCAUCAGAAAACGAACCUACGGAGAAUAUCCAGAAAUCGACAGUGGACACUGGAUAACCACCGUAGAUUUUGUCACAAAAUGUCUUCACAUGCAUCGACUGUUCAGUGAUUUCGUCAGCCAGAAUUCCGUACCAGUCAAGUACAUCACUGGUCAUGAUAACAUCGACAUUGUUUACUUGCAUAAUCUUCUGAAUCACUGUAAAAGUGUGCUCAAAACGCUUCUGAACUCGAACACAACAAUUGCCGAUGUCAUUCCCGCUAUCAUGGAGUUGCAAUCACAAUUGAAUAUAUCAACGAGUAAUCAAUCAGUCAUAGAUUCUGUGAACAUGCUCUUCAAUCGUUUGCUUCUCCCAUUCGUCCAACAUUCUGAUCCUCAUCGAUUCGCUCUGUUCCUCCAUCCUCGCCGCCAUUGGGACCCUUUUCUACCAGCCUUUGAAUGGGAAGAAAUCAGAAGAGAAUUAUCCCAUGCAUUAUCCCUUCGUGAUUCGAUGAGUGCGAAAAGUUUCAAUGAACGCUUGAAGAUGAACUACCAACACGGAUCAGCAGUUGAUAAAGAACUAGUCGCGUUUUCAACCUAUAUCAAUAAUGUAUCUGGUAUAGAAACGGAUAUCAUGGACUUUUGGGCACGACAAUCGACUCGCUUUCCACGGCUACAAAAGUUGGCUAAAGAACUGUUUCAGAUUCCUGUGUUUUCCAUUGACGCUUCUUUCUAUUUAGGAGAGUAUGGUCUCAUCACUCAUUCAUUUCAAGAAAUGGAAUCUUCGAAGCAAAAAACUCUUCUACAAGCUUCAAGCCAUUUAGUCGAUUUUCGAGCCAAGGGAGAUAUAAUGUGCAAGCCGAUUUGCGUGAAACGAAAACGAGAAAACAAUUCUGCCGAAGACAUGUGGUAUACUGCAAUCGACCCGAAAGGUCUUCUGGCUGGUCAGGAACCUGCGGAACCAAAAUCAAGAAUGCCCGUCAGUGCGGCCGCGCUUAAGAGUAAUAAAAUUUUCCUUGCGAUGAACACCCCUCCCAUCCCUCCAACACGCCCGAAAAUGUAUGUUCCACCACAGAGACCUUCGUUUAAAGAGGAAAUGACAAGAAUGGGAAGACCAGUUAUGCAUCAGAAGUACCAAACUCCAUCAACUAGUUCUCCAUACGCACGACCCAUGAUUAAAAGGCGACCAUUGCCUCCUCCUGUCAAGAUGAGACAACCUAUACCAGAGUGGAUGGAACCUAAAAUGGAACCAGGUCAUAUAACGAGAGGGCCUGCAAUGGAACCUGAGUCUUCGUUGACGGAACCCAAAAUGGAAGCGGAACCUUCGCUGAUGGAAGAAGUUGUGAAACAAGAAGAAGAGAGUGUUUCCACUCCACCCGCAAAGAAGUAUUACGCAGUCAGAACGAUGCCGGGAUCUGGUCAAAAAGUGGUCCGAAUCGUGAAUGGAAAAAUGCUACAGGUGGUCAGACCUCGUGUUCCACCUCCGAGCAGCUACAUCGCUAACGUGGUACCAUCGGCAGCAUCGAAAAAGGUGUAUUUCGUUCGAACGAAAACCGGUGCUACACAUCAGAUACAUAAACCACCAAUUCUAUAA